AUGUCCAAAAAGCUGCCCGUUCGCACACUGAGCGAACUGACGUUGGCGGAGCUGGCUGGCACAAUAGUGGGCGCGAUCGGUACCAUGGUGCAGACGAGCCUUGCGUUCGGUAUUCCGCCCGACUACACACUCCUGAUGGUGGAGAUCAACUCGUACAUGGACAAUCUGGGUGCGACGAGCAACAUCUACGAGGACCUGCUGCGCGUGAUCCUGUGCUCGGACUCACUCGAAGCUUCGAUGCGUUUCUGCUGCCUGCAGAUGCUGCUGAACGAUGGCGUACAGUGUCUGGUGACGGAGAUCUUUCCACUAGCGUAUUACGAGCGUAUACUACAGGUGAUCGCGGCCCAGGGGCGCGGUUUGCGCCAGCUAAACAUGAAAGGUGUUUGGGUGAAGGAAGAGUGCAUGUGUUACAUGUUCGAGAUUGUGAAGCAUUUGCCGCACUUGACCAAACUAACCAUCCCUCACAUUGCGAACGAUAACCUGCUAAAGCACAUCGCGGACUACAGCCGAGGUAUCAGACAGUUGGACAUUAGUGGCGAAACUGACAUUACGGAGAUUGGCAUCGAGUAUCUUUGUUACGGAGAGUGUCGGAACCAUCUCACCUAUGUGGACAUUGGUUCGCUCGGGGAGGAAAACAUUUGCCACACAGACGUCGCACUGUUGCUGCAGAACCUUCCCAACUUAGCCACCCUGCAAUCGUACUCGUUCGUUGGCCGCAGUUUGCAGCACAUUAUCGAGAAGAAAGAUGCUAACUUCCGGUGCCGGUUGGCGUAUGUGCACGACACGGAAACAGACGCGUCCACAUUGGAUGCGAUUGUACGGUCCUGUCCACGGUUGGAGCACAUCUACCUGGACUCCCCGGAGGCGGGUAUUUUGGAGAAGCUGCGUUCGGUAAAGCUGCGCCGGAUGAAGCUGUACAAGUUUAGCUCGUACGAGUUGGUUGGAUUGAUGGAGCACAUCGGCAAAGCGCUUUACCAUCUGACCGUGAUCAAGGGGUAUGGCCCGCUGGAGAUCGAUCGGCUCGUGCGCUCUUGCCCGAACCUGAUUGAUCUCGACUUCUACAUGAUGGAUUCGCUGACGUUCACGGGUGAUACGAGCUUCGGCAAUCUGCAGGGGCUGGAGAUUUUGAGCAGUCCUAUACAGAAACCGAGCUUGCGACGUUUCAUCUGCCACACGACCUCGCUACGCCGGUUGGCAGUCGAUGCGGUUACCUUCUCCGACGAAGACAUCAGCUCGAUGGUGAUCGAGCACGACUUCUAUCAGCUGGAAGACGUUUGGUUUACAUCGGCACCGUACCUUUCCAUUGCAGCCGUCGAGAUACUGAUGGACCGGUGUCCGGAGCUGCAGAGCGUUGGCCAGCUGAGCGGAUGGGCCCUGACGCCAGAUGACGUGACGCUACUCCGUGGGAUACUGAAAAGCUGCAACUCCUCACUGGUGCUCAAGCCGUUCCAGUCCCGCAGGAAAGCUAGACAUGCCGUUUCGUGGAUCGUAGUGCGACGCGACUGA